CGUACCAGACUCAUGGCGUUGUCCCCUUGCCAAAUAUCAAUGACACUUGACAGUGUCCUACUCCCCUUCGGGCUCUAGGUACAAAAUCUUGGUUCAGUGACCUCCAAAUAGCAUUGCUUCAACACAAACAAAACAUUGCAACUCAAGUAGAGUCUCCAGUUUCCACCUUUCAGAAGGACCGGACAUGGUCAGUGCCAAGAGAAUUGCUCAACUAGCAAAGAAGUGGCAAAGGGUAGCAUACCUCAGCAGGAAGCAGCUUACCAUGACGGCGACAAAAGAAGCCGAAGGGUGCUCAAUGGCAGUGGCAGGCAAGAGCCACUGUGUCAUGUACACAACUGAUGACGAGAGGCGGUUUGAGGUGCCAUUGGCGUACCUUGGCACGAUGAUCUUCAGAGAGCUCAUCCAUAUGUCUCAGGAGGAGUUUGGUCUUGUAAGCGGUGAUGGCAGAAUGAUGUUGCCCUGUGAUGCCACGGCGACGGAAUACAUUAUGAGCUUGCUUGGAAGAAAUGCUUCAGUGGAGGUUGAGAAGGCAUUCUUGAGUUCCAUGGCGAUGCCAUGCCACCAUACAAGCUGCGUAGCACCAUCUCCGGGUGUUAACCAACAAAUGGCUGUUUGCGGCUCCUAG